CAAAUCAGAGAUUCAUCAACUACUUCAAACCUUGAGCUCUCUCUCUCUCUCUCGUCUCUUCUCUCACACGACCCCAGAAACAAUGGAAGAAACAGCACUGACAAAAGAACAGAUUAUCGAGUUCAAAGAGGUUAUUUGUCUCAUCCAAACAGACGGCGACGUAACAGGUCGUAUAACGGUAGAAGAACUUUUAACAGUGAUCCGUUCGUUGGAUCAGAAUCCAACAGAACAAGAACUUCAAGAUAUCAUCACUGAGAUCGACGCCGAUGGUAAUGCCACCAUUGAAUUUGCUGAGUUUCUUAACCUCAUGACAAACAAACUUCAGGAAAAUGAUGCAGAAGAAGAGUUGAAAGAAGUAUUCAAAGUCUUUGACAAAGAUCAAAAUGGUUAUAUCUCUGCUAGUGAGUUGAGUCAUGUAAUGAUAAAUCUAGGGGAAAAGCUAACAGAUGAAGAAAUUGAACAAAUGAUAAAGGAGGCAGAUUUGGAUGGUGAUGGUCAAGUCAACUAUGAUGACUUUGUUAAGAUGAUGAUCAGCAUUGGCUAAUUACUUUUAUUUUGUGGACUUUCAAAGCAAGUUAUCCUUAAUUACCUUGUUACUUUGUGCUCCUUUGCGUUCACUACAUCUCAGUAUAUGCAAAUUAUCUCAAACUUCUUGAAGCUUUCAGCAUCAGUUUUGUUUUGUCUCUUGUUGAACCUUAAAGGUGCAGUUUAAUCACUGUAGCUUUGAUUAUUACACUUUUGAAACACAAUUUGAU